AUGCUUCCCAUCCCCACUUUGGCCAGGGUUGCCAGCAGGUCCGUGAAAUUGGCCUCUGCCUCCAGGCUUUUCUCCAACGUUGCUCCAUUGAGAGCAGGAGCCAAUGAAGAACCAGUCAAGCCCUACACAAACGCCUUGGGUAAACAGGCCCAACGAGUCACUCCAGACGGCGCCAUUUUCGGUAAAACCACGUUUUCGGAGGCUAUGGACGAAGUUGACAUGACUUGGGGCAGAGACGAUGACCCCACAAAGGUUGAGAAACAGAACACCAAGAUCAGACAUUUCACCAUCAACUUCGGUCCCCAGCACCCAGCUGCUCACGGUGUGUUGCGUUUGAUUUUGGAGUUGCACGGUGAGGAGAUUGUCAGAGCUGACCCCCACGUCGGUUUGCUUCACAGAGGUACUGAGAAGUUGAUAGAGUCCAAGACAUACAUGCAAGCUUUGCCAUACUUUGACCGUUUGGAUUACGUUUCCAUGAUGACCAACGAGUUGGUGUUUGCUCUUGCCGUCGAGAAGUUGUUGAACGUCGAGGUGCCUUUGAGAGGCAAGUACGUCAGAACCUUGUUUGGCGAGAUCACCAGAAUCUUGAACCACUGUAUGUCUGUCUUGUCGCAUAUUAUGGAUGUCGGUGGUUUGACCCCUUUCUUGUGGGGUUUUGAGGAGAGAGAAAAGUUGAUGGAGUUCUACGAGAGAGUUUCUGGUGCUAGAUUGCACGCUGCCUACGUCAGACCAGGUGGUGUGGCUCAGGACUUGCCUUCUGGUUUGUUGGAUGACAUUUACAUGUGGGCUACCCAGUUCGGUGACAGAAUCGAUGAAGUCGAUGAAUUGGUUACUGACAACCGUAUUUGGCACGCCAGAACCAAGGACGUUGGUGUGGUUACCGCCGAGGACGCCAUGAACUACUCCUUGUCCGGUCCUAUGCUUAGAGGUUCUGGUAUCCCCUUCGAUGUCAGAAAGUCUCAGCCUUACGACGCCUACGACUUGGUUGACUUCGAUGUCCCAGUCGGUAUUAACGGUGACUGUUUCGACCGUUACUUGAUCAGAAUGGCCGAAUUCAGACAGAGUUUGAGAAUCAUUGAGCAGUGUUGCAACGAAAUGCCCGAGGGUCCAGUAAAGGUCGAGGAUUUCAAGAUCUCUCCACCACCUAGAGACUUGAUGAAGGAGGAUAUGGAGGCUUUGAUCCACCACUUCUUGUUGUUCACUAAGGGUUACUCUGUGCCACCAGGUGAGACCUAUACCGCCAUUGAGGCACCAAAGGGUGAGAUGGCCGUUUACGUUGUGUCGGACGGUUCCGAGAGACCAUACAGAUGUAAGAUCAGAGCGCCCGGUUUUGCGCACUUGGGAGCGUUUGACCACAUUUCGAGAGGUAACUUGUUAGCUGACGCAGUCGCCAUCAUUGGUACCAUGGACUUGGUGUUCGGUGAGGUUGACCGUUAA